UGUGUAAAGUUUCGGAUGCACGCAGCUCUUCCCGUUCACCUCGCCUCUCCCGUGUUCACCUCUCCCCGGUCUCACCUCUCUCGUGGCCUUCUUCCUCGCGGCGACUGCUGGGCGAGCGGCGCUCCCCUUCGCCAGGCCCUUCGCCGCCGACGAGCAUACACCAGUGAGCUGACCAAGAUGUCUGGAAAUCAGCCAGUCGGCGUCGACAAUACUUCUCGGAGGAAGUUUGACAAGGAAGAGUACUUGGAGCGAGCUCGACAGAGGGAGCAACGGGAGAAGGAUGAAGCCCGGAAAGGCAAGGAAAGGGGCCCUCUUGUGCAAAGACAGCCUUUGAAGCACAGAGACUAUGAAGUUGAUCUUGAGUCUCGUCUGGGCAAGACUCAGGUGGUGACCCCAAUUGCACCAUUGAAUCAGCAGGCUGGAUACUACUGUUCCGUAUGUGAAUGUGUUGUCAAAGAUUCGGCCAACUAUUUGGAUCAUAUAAAUGGCAAGAAGCAUCAGAGAGCAUUGGGCAUGUCUAUGCGCGUUGAAAGGGCAUCACUCGAACAGGUUCAGAAAAGGUUUGAGGCACUUAAGAAGAGGAAGGACCCAAGCACCUUUACUGAACAAGAUUUGGAUGAGAGAAUAAUGAAACAACAGCAAGAGGAGGAGGAGAGGAAACGGCAACGCAAAGAAAAGAAAAAAGAGAAGAAAAGAGAACAAGCAGCUCAACACGAGCCUGAGGAUGUGGACCCAGACAUUGCUGCCAUGAUGGGUUUCGGAGGGUUCGGUUCAUCGAAGAAGUGAACGUGUUCAGUUGGCAGCAUCACUUUGGUGAACUUUGAAACCAUAUGCACCUGUGCUACAAAGAUAAUCACGUUGACAGAUCCGUGAUAAUUGUAUGGACUUUGAUGGAGGAUGCUAAGUCCAACACUGAAUAUUGAACUUGAAAAUGUCGUUGUGCCUGAGAGUUCAGUCUAUAAUUAGCAUCCGAGAGUGUUCUGUACUUGUUUACUGUUUUAUGGAGGAUGCUUGCCAUAGAAACAGUUCGUAGUCAAAAGUUAUUAGCAUUUGGCAAUGCAGAUGCGCACAGUUGAGUGAACGAACAACGAAGGAUAAUAUGUUUCAGUCAUUUUGGAGAAGAACAAAUCGCACUAUAUUUCCUUAAA